AUGCCAAAAUUUCGACCAUGGAGGCUGCGCAGCAAGCAGCAUCCAUGGCCAGAAUUGCAGGCGAAAGCAUGGAAUGCUAGGUGUGUGGUGGCCUGGCUUUGUGAGGAAACCAUAUCCAUGGCCAACCGCAAUUUGCAUGACCAAUGGUUGCCUCUGAUGGCAUCACUUGUGUACUAUGCUUCAGAGUGGCACCGCAAAUCGGAGCUCUAUCCCAGGUAUUUGAGUGAACAUCAAGCGCAGGAUCUUCUUUACACAUGCGAUGAGUGUUUGACUGCUUAUGCGAUUCUUUCCAACAUGGCGGUGGGGUUAGACCAGCUGUUUUUCCCGGUCCGACCGAAACUUCAUGCUUGGCAAGAGCUCGCGUUUCAGCAGGUGCAAGACUGCUACAACCACCGCUUCUUCCACGGCUUCAAACCAGAAGGCUUCAUUGGUCGCAUGACUACUCUGUGCUCAUCUGGCAAUAAUAGCAAUGUAGAUUUCAUUGCGUUGAGGCGUUUUUACCUUGCGUAUCUUGAUCUCAAUGUUAGCUUUAGUUUUUGUUCACCAUUUUCCACUGGUUAUUUUUGUUGGGGGGAACUACAUAUAUGUAGCACUUUGGUCAAAUGA